CGAUCCUCAGCUGACGCGUAUGCCUGCGACUAGUUCAUGUGAUAAGGCUGGCUGCUGCGGCAUCGCAGAAGGCCAUCCCAUACUCCUCGUUUUCGUGCUUCGCAGCAUCGGGCACUCUGUGUGAUGAUUGUGAUGGGCGAUUUCCAAUUGGAGGCCGAUAGGAGUGAUAUAUCGUUCCCCGAUCCCCUGUCGGACUUUGCUAGUUUCGGCAACUCAUUGAUUGCCAAAGUCGAUUCGGGAGCUAGCUGCUUGGGCGCUGACAUCGCUCGUCAAUGCACGGGGAGUACGACCAGCACGCAGCCGCAGCCGACUGUGGGGCUUCCUCCUGCACAGCAGCAAAACGUGAUGCCGAGUUCUAACACUAGACCUAACGUUAGAACGAGUCCCGGUCAAGAUCACGAUGUAACGCUGGUGCAAGAGAAUAACGUUAAAGUUACUUCUACACUUGCUUCAUCGACCGCAUCUGACUCCUCACAGGUAAUUCCCAGCCCUCACGGGAAGACGAAUACGAUCGAAGGGGAAAUAGUCGGUAUGAGUGCCACCAAUGGUGCCACGCCACAGCCCAAGCAACAGAGUUUCCAGGGACCUAUCCCCAGUUCCAUGAACAGUAAGGAAUGUGAAGACGAUGAUUCGGCUGGAUCGUGCCAGGUUGGGAGCAGGUACACCCCACCUGGAGAUAUCACCCUUGGGAUGGUCAACGGUGUGAACCUUGCACACCAAGAGAAGAAGUUGGGACAGCUGAACCACAAUGGUGCCCAUCUCCCCAUGACUACAACUGACCCCGUGUCCUUAGCAGGAGCUCCUUCAAUCUCGAUCCCCAGUAGCCACAUCCCCAUCUCUAAUCCCAGUCUCUCUCCCAGCAUCAUCAGUAGCCUGGCAUCCACCAUGCAAAUGGGAUUCUCCGAUGUUGGGUCUUCGCUCAACAAUUCCAUCAUUCAGAGUCCCAACGUCUGGUCUGGAAAUUCCCUCGACGAUGGAUCGUUCCUCCAUCCGUUGCCACCGAUGAACGGGACUUUACCCGGUUUCCAGAGCCUAUCACCAAGCCAAUCCACGGCCAGUCCUAUCUUUGGAAAUAUGCUUGGCAUGGGUCAAUUUUCUGGAAUGCAACAGGGAGCUGCCCAAGCUCCACGAAGAGCAAUCACGGGUGCUCACAAUUUCUCUCACCCAACAUCCCGGAUGCAACUUGGAAUGGCUCCUCAGCAACAUAGCCCUAAUAAUAUAUUCUCUACAAACAAGUCCUAUCCCAGUUGGUCAACCGUGCAGCAAUCUGGGUGGUCUGGCAACCCACAGAAUCAUCUGAGCGUCAACAAUUGGCAGAGAGGUCGGAGUGUCCCAAACCUAAAUCCACCUUCUCCCAUCAGUGGAAAUGCCUAUGGGUCUCGCAAGAGCAAUGGCCCCAUGAAUGGACCAGGAUUAGGAGGAAUGGCAGGAGGCUAUUCCUUUGGCAGCAAAUUCCGACGAAGCACUUCGUACCCAGGGAAAAAUCCCUUCAAUCAUCCAUUUGAUGUCUCCUCCUUGGAUGAUGCCAGCCGAGAAGCCCUCCUCAGCGGCUUACAGGAGAGGAGUGUAGGGGGCGGAUUGGACAAUAUGCGCUCCAUCGACCACUGCCUUCAGGAAAUGUCCCGCAAUGACCAACUGGAUCAGAUCAAAGGAGGGCUCUUGGAGGAGAACGCCGCGAUCUUGGAGGAGAAUGCGAUCGAUGUCUUCCCGUGUCCGCUGGGCAUGGGGACGGGGAUGCCUCCGAGAUCUCCUUCUGGUGGGGAGAACGGUGAGAGAUACUCUCGAAAGGUUUUCGUCGGUGGGCUCCCACCUGACAUCGAUGAAGAGGAGAUUACUGCCAGCUUCCGACGCUUUGGACACUUGGUGGUGGAUUGGCCUCAUAAGGCAGAGAGCAAAUCUUACUUCCCUCCCAAGGGAUAUGCCUUCCUGCUUUUUCAGGAAGAAUCCAGUGUCCAGGCUCUGAUUGAUGCUUGCAUUGUGGAUGAUGAGAAGCUCUACCUCUGUGUCUCAUCACCGACUAUCAAGGAUAAACCAGUGCAGAUUCGACCUUGGCGACUUGCUGAUGCUGACUUUGUCUAUGAUGCUUCAAUGCCCUUGGAUCCACGCAAGACUGUCUUUGUUGGGGGAGUUCCUCGACCACUGAAGGCUGUGGAGUUGGCAUACAUCAUGGACCGCCUAUACGGAGGAGUCUGCUAUGCUGGGAUUGAUACUGAUCCAGAAUUGAAGUAUCCAAAAGGAGCUGGAAGAGUUGCUUUCAGCAAUCAGCAGUCUUACAUUGCUGCUAUCUCAGCACGCUUUGUUCAGCUGCAGCAUGGAGAUAUUGAUAAACGGGUGGAGGUAAAGCCUUAUGUUCUGGAUGACCAGCUGUGUGACGAAUGCGGUGGAGCACGAUGUGGUGGGAAAUUUGCACCAUUCUUUUGCGCCAAUGUCACCUGUCUCCAAUACUACUGUGAAGGCUGCUGGGCUGCUAUUCACGUGCGACCUGGCCGUGAAUUCCACAAGCCGCUUGUGAAAGAAGGUGCAGAUCGACCUCGAGCAGUUCCUUUCCGUUGGUGAUGUCGCUUUGACCUAGGCUGUUGGAAAUUGGAUUCAUUCCUUGUUCGAAGCCAUUGGUAUUUUAGUUGGGGUGAUUUUUCAGGUACUUCCAGAUUUGCCUUGUUUUUGUGCGUUACAUUCUUAUAUCUCUUGUGCUUUUUCAUCUUUUCUCAUUCUCGCCUGUUUGAAACACAUGGAAUGGUCAUGUGUAAAGGCUGAUGGCUUCGAAUAAGGAAUGCUGCUGAGCCAGAUUGGUUGUUCUGAAAAAGCAGAUAGAGUUUCAUCAAGGAAAGGAUAGGGAGAGGCAGCCAGAGGCAUUAGAACUAUCUCAGCUCUAUAUUCUUAGUCUUAGGGUCCUCUGCACACUCAUGUUUGAUUCCCUUUCCACUUUGUCUAUAUAUGAUAGACACCCUGGCCCUGCUUAGUCGUCCCAGUUACUAGUGCAAUAUACAUGAAUGAGAAAUCCACAUAUUUUUCUGAUAGAUACUGUAAUAAUAUAUUGAGAAAGAAUUAUUUAAAGUCACCUAGGCAGUGGGAGAAGGGCUGCAUAUACGUAUCCAUCUUUAAAUUAAUCUCCCCUAGUUGGUUGUAGGAAGGAUUCUCUUUUGUGCAGCAUGGGAUUAUCAUCUUCGGUCCCAUUCCCCAUACUUCCUCUCUGGUUAUUCUCUUGGUGUGUAAGUGAUCGUAUUCCACCAUGCCCUUUCCCAGUGUUAGCCGUGUGAUUUGUACUCUUCUCUUUCCAUGGUGCAGGGUAUAUCUUGCACUGGUCAGCAUCAUUUGUGUAUGUGCGUGUUUCCUGCGUGCGGCUGAUGUUAUGAUGGUGAGGGGAGUCCCUAAAUCUCAAAUCAUCUUUGCAGACCCCCCUCUCCACCAAGCUUUCCUCCCCUCCCGAAGAUGGACUUGUUGUUGUUGCCAUUUGUUGUUGUUACUCUGACUGGGAAACUUGGCUCACUCCUUGAGGUCUCCUUCCAUGCUCCCCUCCUCCUUAUUGGAGGGUCUUCUUGGGAGAGAGAAACAUUUUCAGGAUUCAGGGACUUUGAAGCAUAUUGCUGACAGUUUUGUUUUCAAGCCUUUGAAAGGAUUUCCCAUAUUUAUUCCUUUUUUACCUUUUCUUCCAUCCUUUAGUUUGAUUCUUUUCCUCUUGCUCCCCCCCCCCCCCCCC